AUGCUACCCGCAGUCUUGGGUCACAAGGGCCAUGGCCUUGCCGCCCGUGAUGCCCGGUCCAUCGACCAUGCGCUACAUUCCUUGAGCAGAAGAGCGUUAGACGGCUACUUUGUCAUCGACACAGAGAUAGGUAGCGAAUGGGGCUGCUCUGAGGCGAAGAUCGCCAAGCUGCCGCAGAUCGUCAACGACGCCCAGGCGCUGGCCACAAUCGCAUCCGCCGUGCUAGCGGAGCCGGACACCGAGUUCUCUGAUGCGUUCGUCUUGUGGUUUGGUGACACAAACUCCAAGGCUGACCUGCGAAAGACCCUGAAGCAGUCCAACUACGACUCGGUGCUGACGUACCUCAAGCCGCCGGGAGCGAACAACCGCGUCGCCGACAUGCUGAUGGACAAUCUCAGCCCCACCGGUCUGACGUACAUGUGUGCUGCCGCAGACAACAGCAUGUGCGCGGGCAACUUGGUGGCCGGGGCCCACCAGCACGGCGCCGGAGGACUGUCCGGCCACUCUAUCGUCUUGUGCGACAGGUUCUUCGAUGGUGCGUCGAACCAGGAGAUGCUUGCGUUUUGGCAGGAGAACAGGAGGCUCAAGGCUUCCGCGGGCUUUAACCUGCUGCACGAGGAUAAGAUCCAGAACGCCCAAAACAUGGCUUUCUUCGCCUUGGAAGUGAUGGCGAACCCCGAGAGUGGCGCCCCGCCCGGUGGUUCUUGCACCAUCAUGAAGAGAGACAAUCCCGACAUGCUUCUGGGAGGACCGGAAGACCUCAUGGCCAGGUCUGGGUACAGCCCGAGGGACGAGUAUGAAGCUUUCCUUCGCAGACAAGCCGGGCCGGCGUCGACGUUGAGCUCAAUGAAGAGAAAUGCCACAAGCUCUCGUCCACCAACCCGCUCGACUUCAAGAAGACCCACCGGUGAGGCCACGCCCUCUGGACCUGUCGACGACAUCCCGGCAACCGGUUCUCGUCCUGCUACCAACAAGCCCGCAACACCCUCCCGCUCGGCGAGCGAGAAGCCAGCCACGCCAUCUGCAUCUGCAAGCAAGCCUCCAGGAACGCCUUCACGCCCUGCGACUGACAAGCCUGCUACGCCUUCUCGUUCUGCAAGCGACGCUCCGGCGGGAACACUGUCUCGCUCCGGAAGCAAUGCUCCGGGAACUCCCUCCCGGCCCGCGACCAACAACCCAGCGACACCCUCUCGUCCAGCGACCAGCGGCCCUGCUGGUACGCCCUCCCGCCCGGCAGGCGAUGCUCCCGUCUUCACCACUCGGCCGCCAGCCUCCCUGGUGUCCUCCUCGGGCGUUUCUUACUCCAUCUAUUACUCCACUGCGCCGCCCACCACGGAUGAAGGCGGAGUACCCAUCAUUCCUAUCGUGCCUGUCCCCGUGCCCGUCCCCAUUGCCCCGGUCGUUCCUCCCGUUGUUCCUCCCGGUGGUGGUGGCGGCGGUGGCGGCGGCGGUAACGACAACCCCGACCCCGGCAACAACCCCACCAAGCCGGCCGACCCUUCGGCGCAGCCCUCCGCCCAGCCGACUUCGGCCCCACCCACCUCCGAGCCUGAGGCCCCGCCCACCUCGGCCCCUCCAUCCUCAGCCCCUCCCUCAUCCUCGCGACCCGCCUCAUCAGCUACGCCGUGCUCGUCGAAGGCACCUCUCCCGGCCAUUCCCACGGGAGGUGGCACGCCCGGCGACCGGGACGGCUUCCCCCAGGCCGUCUACGACAAUCUCAAGAAGAAGGCAGCCCCUACCACGGCACCGCCGGCCACCAGCACCGUGCCUCCUCCGCCUCCUCCGACGAGCAGUGACAGCUCCAUCCUUGAGACAGCCGGUCCCUUGCCCUCCGCGACGGCCGUUCCCGUUCAGCCGGUGGCUUGUUACAACUUCAAUGUUAAUGCGUACGGAUACUGCUGCCGUGGACCUGAUAGUCCGUGCGAGAAGGAUCUUGGCACGUGCUACUACGGAGGAACUGGUGUCACUGGCGGCGCGACUAAUGUUGUUCCUGAUGGUGCUACUUGCCCGCCUCCCGCGGAUGCCAAGUCUUGA